UUGAUACACUUUUAUUCUAUUUCCCAAUACUAGUCACGACGCAGGAGUAUAUUGAUUCGAUUAUUGGAAAUUUCUACCUUGACAGCAUAUAUUGUCAUUGAUGCACAAUUUGUAUAAAUAACUUUAGCAUUCACUGAUUGAGUGGUUAAAUAAGAUAUUUCGAGAUCUUGAUUUCUGUUUCAAGUGACUUCUUCUAUUUGGAGUGGUUAUUGGGAAGAUGUUGUGUACUGUGUUUGAUACUGAGUGAAAGAGAAUUAGCAUAUUUGCACUUUAUAACACUUAUUGUGGGAUAGGACAGUUGCUUGAAAUGAUAACUGUAUACUUAUCAUGUAGUUAAUGUCCACUCUUCAGUAUGAAUGCUCAAUACUUAAAAAAAGGAUUAUUUCUCAUAGCAGGAAGUGAAUUCAUAAGUCGAGAAUCCAGUGGUUAAGACAAUAGAAUUUUCAUGUGAUUUUAUUGAUUUUAUCGUAAAUAUCUGUUCCUUCCAAUCAUAAAAACAAAAUGGAUUUCAUAUUAGGCGUACCAAUGUCCAGCGCAUCGGAACCUGUUUUGUUGUAUGCUCACCCGAGCAUGCAUCGACUAGCGGAACAGAUCGCUGAGAGAUGCGGUCAGAGAGCGAGAAAAUCAGAGGAAGGCUUGAGCCCUGCCAGCCAGCAACAUCUCAAGACCCCGUUUCAUAGAUCCCUUUCCAGUGCUCAAAUGGAGCCAUUAUUCAGAAGUGUGGAGUACCGAAACACAAUCAAAUGGGACAAGUUCCAAGAUGGCUUCCCUAACCUUUUCAUUGGUGAUGUGCAUUGCAUGAUGGGAAAAGACGUGAUAUUUCUUGGCAGCUUCCAUGACCCCAGCGUGAUAUUUGAACAGCUCUCGGUCCUAUACAUGUUUCCAAGGUACCUUGCUCGCUCCUUUCACUUCAUACUGCCGUAUUUCCCUACUGGGACCAUGGAGAGAGUGGACAUGGAAGGGCAGAUAGCUACAGCAAAGACUUUAGCCAUCAUGAUGUCCUCUAUACCGCUCACCGCCCGCGGUCCCGUGCAGAUCUGUAUAUUCGAUAUACACGCGCUACAAGAGAGGUUCUACUUUUCAGACAACGUCAUUCCCAGACUGGAAUCCGCCAUACCUAUGAUCAUGUCUACCCUGGAAACACUGCCUGACAAGGACAACAUCGCCAUAGCUUUCCCGGAUGACGGGGCGUUCAAACGAUUCCACCUAUUUUUCUCACAUAAAUACGAUACGAUCACAUGUGUGAAGAUCCGUGAAGGGAACAAGAGAAUAGUGAAAGUGAAAGAUGGAAACCCCGACGGCAAACAUGUAGUCGUUGUGGAUGAUCUGGUACAAACUGGAGGAACGUUGAUAAACUGUGGAGAGGCACUCGUAGAAAAAGGUGCAAAAGCCGUCAGCGCCUACGUAACGCACGCGGUGUUUCCCAAUGAUAGCUGGAGGAAGUUUACAAACGGGGAUUUCAGGUUCCAGAACUUCUGGAUCACAGACUCGAUCCCCCACGCUGUGGAGAUUGCCAAGCAUGAGCCAUUCAAGCUGCUCUCUCUCUGCGAACCAAUCAGCAAGAUGUUGAUGGUGUUUGACCUCAAAAUGCAGACCUAGACGCCAUUAACGGCAUGGUGGACACGUGAUAUUGCUUACGAAUUUGGGCAUGUUGUUUGACCUCAAAAUACACAGCUAAAUCGACACACUUAAAGAAGGCAAUCAGCAGCAUGAUAAACACAUGACUUUUCCUUAGAAUUGUGAGCUAUUGCCAUUAUACUCGCACACUUAGAAUACGGCAAUCAUCAGCAUGGUGAUUAUAUGAUUAGCCUUAGAAUGUCGAACAAUUCUUAAUGUAUUUUGCCAUAGUAGGCACACGUGGAUUAUCAUAAUUUAAAUUUACACUAAGUAGACCGAUUACAGAAAAUUGGUCUCCGUUAAGUACUCGUUUAGUGUCGCGUUUACAUCUGCGAUGUCCACACGCUUUUAUUGUCGGAAAAGCUGUGUAAAAUGAUUAAAUCGGCAAGAUACCCAAGUAGAUUAAUCAGACACACUAAUAUGUUGUAUUGAAGUUUUCAGUUAUAUAAACGUUAUUUAAAUAUGAAAUAGUUAAUGAAAUCGAUCUAAGCGAAAUAGUUAUUUUUUUCUAGUAUAUAUUAUACUUUAAGCUUCAUUAAGAAACAAACAAAUGUGCAAAAUGAUAAACACGUUGUCCUCUUUACGUGGUUUGUAUGUCAAAUACUCCUGAGCAGUACUGUAAGAGUGUUUCAAGUUGUUCUCUAUUCGCGUUGAUCAUGUAAUGUUCUUGCUGCACCCGCAGCUUAAAGGUGAAGAUAGAUCGCCAAACUUAAUUGUGAAACAUGAGUAAAAUCAAUCAAUUGUUUAGCUGUUAGUUGUUAUAAAAUGUUGAACGUGGAAAUUAAUUUAUUACAAUCGAUAAUAGUUGGAUUAUGAUUGUACUUGGUAGUUGACUGCAGAGCAGGGACCGUAUUCACCAACCCAUUCUUAGACUUAAGAAUACAUAAUAUACUUGGGACCAAGAGAAAUGCUUUCAGUGUUUGAAUAUAUACAGGCCUCCACUGGUGGUUUUGUCAUUAACAUAAUGUUCUACUUAAAGAAUGAUAUUGAUAGAGGUUUUUGACUCAAUAUUCAAGAAUUUUUUUAAUACAUAAAUUUAAAGAAUAUUUUUAUGUCCCCCGGGGGGUGGCAUUUUUUUUAUAUUUAUAUAGUAAAACAAGCUUGUGAACACUCUAGAAAUCACAUUUUUUGCCCAAUCAUCAUGAAACUUGGUACAAAUAUUGGUUUUAUAUAUAUUACAUAAUUAAUGCCAUAAUUAUUGCCCUUAGAUUGUCCAAAUUUUCAUUAUAUUAUACAAAAUCCUUGUUAACACUCUAGAGGUCACAAUUUUGUUUCAGAUUUUAUGAAUCUUGGUCAUAAUAUUUAUUUUUGUUAGCAAAGUUUGAUGUUUGGUAAGGGGGGAUCAACUCAAAAUAUAGGUCACCAGGUCAAAUCUUACAAAAACAAAAACACUCCAUAUGCAAGAGUUUUGGUUCAAUAAUGAUGAAACUUGACCAGGAUGUUUGUCUGGACAAUAUCUAGGUCAAGUUUGACGUUUGGUAAAGAUUUAAUGAACCGACUCCUCUCAGGUGAGCGAACUAGGGCCAUCUUGGCCCUCUUGUUUUGUUUGCGUCAAACUUUAACAUUGGUCAUAACUUUUGCAAUAUUGAAGAUAACAACUUGAUAUUUGACAUGCAUGUGUAUCCCAUGGAGCUGCACAUUUUGAGUGGUGAUAGGUCAAGGUCAUCUUUCAAGGUCAAAGGUCAAAUAUAUGGGGGGACAUAGUGUUUCACAAACACAACUUGUUAUUCUUAGACAUAAGUCGAAGAAUUGUUUGGUGAAUAUGGGCCCGGAUCUUCGCGUAUUUGACUGGUAGUCUGUACGACUUUAUAGUUCGGAAUCGGCCUUAAAGUCUGCGUAACUUCCAAGCAUACUAGUGUAAAAAGACGUAUGAACUUUUGCUAAAUUAUCCAUCGUGCAAUACAACUGCUAACAGUGCUUUGGAGCGAACAACAAAUUUUAGACUUUGAAAGUUGCAGUCAUGGAAUUAUCAUACACACACCACAUCAUUAUCAAACAGUGACAAUAUCCAUAAUAUUUACAUCAGAUGAUCCAAAUUAUAAAUCACCCUUAACGAAAAGUCUAAAACACGUGAAGUAAAAAAGAACAUUGAAUACAGUUAACGAUAUUCUAUUAUUUUUCUACGAAAAUGUGCAGGUUCGUAUAUAUGCACAUUUGUACUGCCAACAUUUUCAAUAAUAAUAAGCAACCUGUAAAAAUCAGGGGCCAUAAUGUUCAUAUGACCAAUUUCUUACAAAUAUUUACAAAUAACAAACAUACAUUGUCAUAAAGCUUAACCGUCUUUCGUGAAUAGUGGAAGCGUGUUCGUCGUUCGUUCCGUGUAUGGUAUUACUUAUAAUUAUUACAUUGAUUGUAAUACAAAGUGAUUCUAGCGUUAAAUAGUAUAUCAAUUUCAACAUAUUUGAAAUCCGCCCUGUAUUUCAAUGAAAAGCAGUAUUGCUAAUGAAUGUGAUAUAAUAAAUGGGGUAUGCUUACAAUGUUGUCUGGCUUAGCAUAUCUGUAGCAUACUACACGAUCUUAAGUUUUUGCAAUAAUGUAUGUGCUAUUAGAUUUAGUUGUUAAUAAAUGUUCAUAGUUCGUAUAACAAUCCUUACAACAACUGAAAUGCGCACCAUUCGGUGUACUUCGAUAACAAGGUUAUUUUUAUCCAAAUAAAAGUUUUAAGAUUAAAAAAAUGUAUGUUAAAAUGUUUUUGUUUUAUGAAUUGUAUGUGAAGUAUUGUAUUUGUGUUUUAAAUUUUGCGUUAUCGUGUGUUUCUUGUUGAGUAAUUUGAUGUAAACUAUUAAAUUAAACAAGUAUACAUUUU